AUGGUAGGCAUCGUUGCCAACAAUGGUGACGAGAUUGCAAAAGCUUUGGGCGUUGAUUUUGAGACCCAAACGGAAACGUCACCACUCGGGAGGGAGUACGAAGGCAUCGAUUUCGACACUAUGGAGGACAAUCUCAUGGCGAAACAUGGGAAUGACUUUGUUGCUGUGCAGGAAAUCUUAGAUCAGGCGACUAAUCUGAUUAGUGAGUACGAGAGUGAGGACCCUGACAACCAUCGAGGGCUCAUUGAUGCUGUGAAAAACCACAUGGAUCGUGUGAACGGCGUCGAUACUAGUUGCUGA